GCAAACUGGAGAAAACACGUCAAGUAGCCUAUAACAAACCCAUAUUUUCAUUUAUUACAUGAAAUAAGUUUAUACAAAAAAAUAUACAUGCAUUUUUUUAACACGCAGUGGGUAAAUAUGUCAUUGUGGGAGUAACGGAGGUCAGACGCGUCAGAUGUGAGUUCGUGUUAAGUUUCGUUUCUCAAAACGUUCCGCCCGCUGUCCAAUAACACUGAACACACACACACACACACCGAGGCACAAGCAGAAAACAUGUACUACAACGAAGGAGCAAUGAGUGAGAUCCCGAACGUGAGACGGAGAUUAUCUUCAUUUCACAUCGAUUAUCAGCAGCACACGUUAGAUCCAGCGCCGAACACACUGCGUCUGGUCCUGCUGGGGAAAACCGGUGCGGGGAAAAGCGCGACGGGAAACACCAUCCUGGGAAAGAAGUGCUUUGACGACGGGUUGAGCAUGAGCUCGGUCACGAAAGAGAGCAAGAGCGAGAGAGCGACGGUGCAGGGGCGAGAGCUGGUCGUUAUCGACACGCCUGGGUUUUUCGACACCGAUCUGACCGAUUCAGAACUAAAAGAAGAAGUGAUCCGCUGCCUGGCGCUGUGUUCCCCGGGUCCUCACGCGUUCCUACUAGUCGUGCCGAUCGAGCGCUUCACAGAGGAGCAACAACGCACCGUACAACUGAUCCUGGAGAUGUUUCACGAGGACGUCACUCAUCACACCGUCCUCGUGUUCUCCCACGCGGACAAACUCAGAGGAGAACCCAUCGAAACAUUCGUUCGCAAACAAGAUCGGAAAGUGAAGGCGCUCGUGGACAAAUUCGGAAAGCGAUUCGUGGCGUUCGACAACAAAAACCCGUCAAACCCGGAUCAAGUGAGUCGACUCCUGCGGAGCGUUGAUGAGGUACUCGCUCUAAACCACAACCGCCACUUCACCAGUCAAAUCAUGGAGGUAAUGAAUGAAGCGCAGAAGAUUAUAGACGCAAAACUGCAAGCCGAUAGAGCCGAAAGAAUGAAAAAGAUCAAGAAGGAGGUCGGGAAAAUGGCUGACGAUCAAUUGCGUUCGUUUGUUGCGUCCGUGAACGAAGAGAGGCAAGACGCGAUGAGGACGAAGAAACGCGUGCAAGACCGGAUUCAACAGAUACAGACGGAUAUAAAGAAAGAAAAGCAGAAUGCGCGACCCAUCCCUGCGAGACUGACGCGUCUCUGGGCGUCUCUGGUGAGAGAACAGGAGAGACUGACGAGACUUGUGGAACGAGAGAUGGAGGAGGAGGAGGAGAGGAUGGACAGAGAGGAUGAAGAAAAGAAGGAACUGGAAAUCUGGGCUGAGGAAGAGGAGGAGAGGAGAGUGAAUGAGGAAGGGCAGGAGUUUCAGCAUCUCUCGCAGCGCAAUAUGAAGUUGUUGAUAAUGCUGUGUAUGUUUAUGUUGGGGGCCGGGGUGGCGUACGCUCCCGCGCUCCUGAUGUUCCUGUUCCCGGCGGCGGCGCCCGCGGCCCCAGCUGGAUUAUCCGCUCAGAUUUUGUCCACUUUACUCGGCGCGGGAGCAGCGGAAGGAGGGGGUUUCCUCGGGACGGCCGCUGCGUUUGCAGUGAGAUCUGCAUCGCUAAAACUGGCGGCGAUGGCGCAGUGUUGCAUUCAGUGAUUCGCUCAUGAUUGACAACCAAGAUGAGGACGUGUUUCUCCCAGUAUUAGUUACCCAGACAGCAAACUGACAUUGAAUCAACGUGGAAACGACGUCUCUCGUGACAUUGAAACAACGUUGAUUUUGCU